AUGUCUUCUCAAAUUUCUACAAAUCCUGUUCCAUCUCAACAUGAUAACACGUCCAAGGAAAAUCUUCAUUUGUCCAAAUUUAAACCUAGUUUUUUGGGGGACAUUUUCCUCUCUUCUCCUUCUCAAAUGGAAAUGGAUGCUGGAACUCAACAAGAGUACGAAGAAUUGAAGCAAGAAGUGAGGAGAAUGUUGGUGGCAAAUACGGAUAAAUCGUCCCAAAAGUUGCCCAUAAUUGAUGCAGUCCAACGCUUAGGUGUGGCUUACCAUUUCGAGAAAGAGAUAGAAGAGGCCUUGGAAAUUAUAUACCAUCAUCAUUGCAAUCAUAUUGACAUUGAUGGUGAUGAUCUUUACACUACUACUGUUCGAUUUCGCCUGCUAAGAGAGCAUGGUUUUGAUGUUCAUUGUGAGACAUUUAACAAAUUCAAACAUGAGAAUGGAAAUUUCAAAGAAUCUUUAAUUGGUGAUGUGAAAGGCAUGCUAGAAUUGUAUGAAGCUGCACACUUUCAACUACAUGGGGAAAAUAUAUUAGAAGAAGCCCUUCCCUUCACUACAUUUCAUUUGAAGUUGGCAGAAAAUAUGGUAGACUAUCCUCUCUCCACACAAAUUGCUAAUGCUCUAAAGCGACCCCUUGGUAAGAGCUUGCCGAGGUUGAUUGCUAGGAGCUACAUUUCCAUAUAUGAAGGAUACGGUACCCAAGAUGAAAAUUUAAUGAAAUUUGCAAAGUUAGAUUUCAAAAUCUUACAACAUUUACACAAGAAGGAGAUAAACAAGAUAAACAGGUGGAGGAAAGGUUUAGAUGUUGCGACCAAUUUUCCUUUUAUAUGGGAUAGAUUUGUGGAAUGUUAUUUUUGGAUGUUGGGUGUCUACUUUGAGCUCCACUACGCCGUUGCUAGAACUUUUGCGACCAAAGUGAUAUGCCUCAUAUCAAUUUUGGACGAUAUUUAUGAUGCGUGUGGCACAUAUGAAGAACAUGAAAUCUUUACAAAAGCAAUCCAAAGGUGGGAUACCAACUGCAUUGAUCAGCUUCCAGACUACAUGAAAUUGUGGUUUAGUGAAACCUUAAAUGUUUAUAAAGAUAUGGAAGAUUUGAUGUCCAAAGAAGGAAAAUCAUAUCGUGUCCAAGUCACAAUAGAAGCAAUGAAACGACAAUCUCAAGUUUACUAUGUUGAGGCCAAAUGGUUGCAUGAAAAUUACAUACCAACAAUGGAGGAGUAUAUGCAGAUUGCAUUAGUCUCCGGUGGUUAUUGGAAUCUUACGAUUUCAUGUUUUGUUGGCAUGGAAGAUAGCAUUACAAAAGAGACAUUCAAUUGGGCAUUUAAUGACCCUAAGAUUGUCAGAGCUUCAAGCACUAUUUGUAGGCUGAUGAGUGAUAUUGUUGGCCACAAGCAAGAGAGAGGACAUGUGUCCUCAGCAGUGGAGUGUUACAUGGAACAAUAUGGGGUGUCAAUGCAAGAGGCAUACGAUGAAUUAUACAAGCAAAUAAACAAUGCUUGGAAGGAUAUAAAUGAAGAGUUCUUGAAACCAACAGCAGCACCAACAUCGGUUCUUAAUCGAAUUCUAAACCUUGCAAGGGUCGUUGAUCUCUUUUACACGGGCGAAGUUGCUUAUACGCAAGUUGGGGAGUCAGCAAAAACUAGCAUCACUGCUUUGCUGAUAGAUUCAAUCCCAAUUUGA